UCCUUCUGUGUCCGGUUGGACUGACUUUUGACAGUGAGCCUUCAGCUGUGGAGGGGAUUCCGCAGGGAACAGCCGAGAAAGUUGCGCCGAGGAGAGGAGGAAUCGAGCCGGUUCGAGGCGGGCGGCAGCGGACGUCCCGGGCAGACGCGGAGCGGCGACUCCCGGCCCCUCUCCGGGGUUCCGAUCUGAAGACCUGACUUCUUAUCCUCCACUGGAUUAUGCCCAAGGUUUUCCUAUCCAAUGAUCCUCUUGCAACAGGCUGGGCUUCUACCGCCUAAGCGGCCUUCAUCAUCUCCUCCUAUGUCAGUGGCCACCAGGUCUACGGGAACCUUACAGCUUCCGCCACAGAAACCUUUUGGUCAAGAGGCUUCCUUGCCUCUGGCAGGGGAAGACGAGUUACCUAAGGGAGGAGAACAAGACUCUGCCCUGGAGGAGCUAUGUAAGCCCCUAUACUGCAAACUCUGCAAUGUUACCUUGAACUCAGCGCAGCAAGCGCAGGCUCAUUAUCAGGGUAAAAAUCAUGGUAAGAAACUCCGAAAUUACUAUGCAGCGAAUAGCUGUCCUCCUCCUGCCAGAAUGAGCAAUGCAGUGGAAUCUGCAGCUACUCCAGUUGUUCCAGUCCCUCCGCAGAUGGGCUCCUUUAAGCCAGGAGGCCGAGUGAUCCUGGCCACAGAGAACGAUUACUGUAAGCUCUGUGACGCCUCCUUUAGUUCCCCGGCUGUGGCCCAGGCUCACUAUCAAGGAAAGAAUCAUGCCAAGAGGCUGCGGCUGGCAGAAGCUCAGAGUAACUCAUUCUCGGAGUCCUCAGAGGUGGGUCCACGGAGGGCCCGGAAAGAAGGGAGUGAAUAUAAGAUGAUGCCUAAUCGGAGAAACAUGAAUACAGUACAGAAUAAUUCAGCAGGUCCUUACUUCAAUCCCCGCUCUCGGCAGAGAAUUCCACGUGAUCUGGCCAUGUGUGUUACUCCCAGUGGCCAGUUUUACUGCUCAAUGUGUAAUGUUGGGGCUGGUGAAGAGACGGAAUUCCGGCAGCAUUUAGAGAGCAAGCAGCAUAAAAGCAAGGUGUCUGAACAGCGGUACAGGAAUGAGAUGGAGAAUCUGGGAUAUGUAUAGUGAUUAUCAUAUUCAGAUAGAGCAGCUUAUCCUGCCUGUUGUUUGCCUUCUGUCAACAUGCCCUGCUUUGUGGUCCUUUUGAUAUGACUACAUUCCUCUGCUAAUCGUUAAAAUGAGUAACCUGCAGUGGUACCUUGAGAUGUCAAAACUGGGGGAGGAAAAGAACAUUAUUCUUAGGUCAUAAUGCUUUUUCAGGUCAUUGUGUCAGCAUGUGACCUACCUACCACAUCAGAAAUAACUUAUAUUGACCAAAUUCUGGUCAACUAGCAGUCUGACCAUGUAGAGCUAUGACUAUCUAAAAAUAUUCAUCUUCUUCUGUUGAAUUUUUAGUUUUAUGUAUUGUUAAAUAGAGAAUUUUAUUGAGUUCUGGUUCAGAUCACAGUAAAAACAGGUAAGCAGAGAUUUCAAUUUCCUGAGGGUUCAUUAGAACCACCACUUCAAAAUGUAGUGAGUAGGAUAUAUACUAUUAUAAACGGCAUUGGGGUCUUUCCCAGGACAUUCUCCCCCACCCUCCUGAUCAUGAUCCCCAUUAUCAACAUGCAGGGUUUUUUUUUUUUAAUUUAGAUACUUCCAAUGUAUUUGUAUAGUUCCAAACAGCUAAACUUCAUUUUCAGUUGUACAUUUCUCAUAUUUAAAUGUCACCUUCUUCCCUUUUAUUUUCUCCAGUUGAGCCAGCUUGUCUAACAAGCUCAUUUUCGUGCCCCAGCUGUGCUGUGGUUUUCCAAGCCCAACUUUUGAAUAUCCAAUGCCUGUAAGAAGAAUAUGAUUAAAAUUUUUUUUUUCAGUUGGUUUUAGGAAACCUCAAGAUAUGUUUGAUUUUUCAAUUUAGAGUCACUUCUCUGUCGGUGGUAACAUGCUCACAUAUGAUGGUUUCAGUCAUAAGUUCAGAACGCUUGGUAUUUUGUCAGACUUUUAAAAUAAUCUGAUUUUUACACAUUUUUUUUAAAAACUUUCUUCUCAUUAAACAUUUCAGGGUAGGCAGUUUGUUUCAUAGACAGAGAGGAAUUAAAAUAAAAGUUCAUCAAAUUUCAUUGUCAUCAUUUCCAGUAGAAAAAUACGUGAAUUUUGGGUUUAGAACCAGUUCUAUUCUUUAUAAUUGGGCUUCCUUGAAUAUACUAAAAAUAUAGAUUACUUUGGUCUCUGAUAAGUAUGACAGUAUUAUUACUUUUGUUUUUGUUGUAAAAUAAGUAUUGUGCAUGUUUAGCUAAACUAAUGGAGUACUCUAUGGACAUUCAUUAACUGUGUUUUAUCUGUUUGCCUAUAUUUUGCUUUACAUGGAUAAGACUGGUGCUCAUCCAUACUUCUUUCAAAAGACCAUACUCAUCAGGAAUUUUAUCUUGAGCAGUAUCAUUGCAUAUUGGUUAAUACACAUUUGAUUGCCCAUAUUACGCAUUAAAAAUAAAACUCCUGUUUUUCCUUGAGAAUUCUAUAAAUAGAUGGGGAGAAGGAGAAUUAUAAUCAUCAUUCCAUUUCUGUAAUACUUCUGAACAAUUUUUGAACAGUCUAGAGCCAUAUUUGAAAAUCAGUUUUGCGAUUAACCUCUGGUGCAGUAUCAGGCUAUGCUCUUCUGUUGAAGUGGUGGUUUACUGGAACACAGAAUAUUUGUGGAAAGUUUUUUUUUCUACCAGAAACAUAAGAAUGAAAUAAAUGUUCUAUUGAGAUUCUGUCUAGAUCUGUCACUCUUAGUAUAAUAACACCCCCUCCCCAUUUUUUUUUUUUUUUUUGGCAGUAAUCUAUAAAGUACAGUUGAUUAGUUGAGGGUGAUAUAGGGUUUACUUUAUUGGCCAGUAGUUUACUCAGUUUGCUGCUAAGUAUAAUUUUUUAGUAGAUUUUAAUAUUACAGUGCUGGCCACUCAGUUCUAUGAUAUUUAAAAAUCUCGUUUCUGUUUAUAUAUGAUUUUAUGUGUUACCACAGAGAGGAUUUCAUUGAAUCCUUAUUUCAGAUAAUAGAAAAGAUUAUGGAUAUGAAUUUACAUUUUGCCAAAGUGGCAUUUCAUCCACUUUCAGUUUUCCUUUGCAAAUAAAAUGAAGGAAGAGUUUUUCCUGCUUGUCCCACUUAAUAGUUUAAUUUUAUUCAUGUACAAAUCAGUGGACUUAAGGGCUUGCUUUUUUCCAGGCCUUGCAAAUUCAGGUCUCCAGUUUCCCAGUGCCCUUAAUGAUGUUAUGAAUACAUAGCUUGUUUUCUUUUAAAGAAAGAAGUUAGAUUUAUAGUGUUAUUUUGUACUUGCUCUAUUUUCUUUGCACUAGAAAAGAGCUGUGUUUGUUUUAUAUGACAGUUUAGAUACCACAUUGCCUACAGUAACUCAGUUUGCUGCUUAAUUUCCAAACUCUAGGAAGCUGAUAAAUAACUUCAUGAUCAUUUAUAGAGGUUACAUACACAUCUGAAAAAAAUCACAGAUCCCUGUAACAAUGGAUCGUGUUUUGGGCUUAUUAUCUUGCAAUAUUCUCCUGUGUUCAAGAGGUUAAACAGAGGGUGACAAAGGUCAUUAGGUAGGAAAUGCCAAAAUAAAUACGUCUCUGCAUGGUACGGUUUCUCAUAGUCAUGCAUUCCUUCUGGACAAUGUUUUUUCCCUGUUGAAGCAGGCUGUUUGUUACCACUGCUGUCAGUGAUAUGUGAUCUCUGUGGGUUUCACUUUGUGAAGUCCAGUCCUGCUUGGCAUUGUGCUUUAGGAUUUGCACCCUGUACUCCCUGGGAAUCAUGUUAGUAUUUUUUUACAUGCUGUAUACAAGGACAGACAGGGGCCUAAACAACUGAAAACCUGUAGUCAAAAAAAUUAUGUAGAUCUUACAAAUGAUCUGCAAGAACUCAUAGCACCCAAGUCUCUUUUCUCUGUGAAUAUCUUUGUGUAAGCUGUCAUUCAAAAUCAAUGUUAGAAGAUAACAAUUAGAAACUCUUCUAAGGUAUUGAAGGCAACAAAUUGUAAAGGAAAAAUUCCAUGUUCCAAUUAAAAAAUUGGAUUGCAUAUGCCUUUGAAGUGGUUUUUAAAAAAAGUUACAAAACUGACUGUGCCAUGUGAUUCUUUUGACUCCACACUGAACAGAAAAUACUUGAUUGGUCUUGUCUUUUUGUAUAUCAUGUACUACAACUUGUAAAUAUGUGCAUGUUGUUUAUUAUGUUUGUCUGCUUGUCUCUUAUUGUACUGAAUUCUGCAAGGUGAAUCAUUUUUUAUAUCAUUCAUUGUGAAAAGGUUCCUCCUCAACAUCCCCUCUUCUUAAUUUUUUAGGAAACUUAGAAAACCAUUUAGGAUUUUUGAAACCCUGAGAUGGAAUGAAAAAACAUGGCUGAGAACAUCCUUAAGUCUCUCUGAAUUGAACAGCUAACGGGAAGCAUGGAAUUUUUUACAAAGCCGUUCUUCAAACAAGUAUUGUUUGCUUGCUCAAAGCUACUUAUAUGCAGUUUGAACAAGGAAAUAAGGAGAAAUUACAUAUAACCUGGUUAAAUCUUCCUCUGUAGAAGAUUCUAAGGAGUAGGGGUGGGGUUUUUGAUUCCUUCACUCCUGCAUUGGCUGGGACUUCAAGCAAUGGCAGUUUGAAGACUGUCCAGUGACCUGUAUAAAAUGGGUCUUUGCUUGUGUCAGGGGAGCCAUGUAAUUCUUUGGAGUAGUAUUCUCUACAGAGAGGCCCAGUAAUGGUAGAUUUGGAACCUCAUCUGUUUUGUUUCCUCAGAGUUGGAACUUAGACUGAGAGUACCCUCUGAGGAACUUGAUGAGGCACGUACUAAGGACAGUAGAGCUGCUUUAGAAGCGAAUUGAGAAAUGAACUGUCAGGAUAGGAGAAAAGUGUAAUGUAGGUUUUGGAACAAAUAUUAAAAAAAAAUCACCGUUUACCAACUACUUAUUUUAACCAGCCAAGUCAUCAUCAUUCAGGAGUUUCAUAUGUAAUAAAAUGUGUUUUUGUUUUUGUUUGUGUGUAUGUGUAUGUGUAUGUGUGUGUGUGGGGGGGGACCCCUUCCAUUGUGAGAUGUUAUAUCCAUCUAGCUGAAUGGACAAAUAGCUAUGUAAAUAGCUUCUCACAAGAUAUUUCUACUGAUAGCUGUUUGGCUUUUUCUGCCCAUUAUUAAUGGGAGGAUAAUUUGUAAACGCCCUUUCUGGGUAGCUACCAAAAAACAUAAUGACGUUUGGUCCUAUGUGACUGUUUCCGUUAAGCCCAGAAUAUGAGUGCCUUUAGCAAGUGCUAGCAUUUCACAGAGAGAAGAGAUGAGAGGAUUAUUGCUGUGAAUUGCAAUUCAUAUAACAGGAGUUUGGAUCAGCAAAGAUCUAUGUGAAUUCUGUAUGCUCACAUCUUUUUUUUUUUUUAAUGCAAUCUCAAUUUGAUAUAAAGUAAAAUUAAAAUUAUUGAACAGGAGCCACCCUGAAGAUGAAUCCAGUUGUCCUAGGUGGCAACAAUCAGAUUGUUUUUCAACUUGAUCUGUGUUACAUUUAUAUUUAGUGAAUGGUAGUGGAGUGGAUUGGGAGGAGCUUGCUUGGCACUGUGUUUGAAAAAACACUAUUCCAGUGAUCUUUUUCAAACUUGCUAUUCUGUAGAAAGGAGAGAAUUAGCUACUUGCAAAUGAAAUUUGUGAAGGGACUGUCUUGAACAAUAUUUGUUAAUUGUGUUAGUUCAUCUCUGCAUCAAAAGAGGCAUCUUCAGAAAUCAAGUUUGAAACCUUUUAAAGGAUAAAUUUCCCUACUUCUAUUAAUUUAAAAUUCUUAAUUGAGUAUUUUGUAUCUUUAAAACACACUGCUAAAUUAAUUUUAUUGUGGAAAAUAAUAACAUUUUCCUCAACAUUUUAUUUUGAAAAAUUUUAAACAUAUAUCAGAGUUGAAAAUUUUUUUACAAUAUACCUACUUCCUAGAUUCCACCACCAACAUUUCGCUAUACUUUAUAAAACCACAUUUCUUUUCACUUAUCUGUUCCUCUGUUCAUCAAUCUACUGGUUUUUUAAAAAAAUAUAUAUUUCAGUGAAAAUUGCAGACAAUAUUCUUCUCCGUAACUACUUCAACAUGGGUGUCAUUAACUAAAGUUUAUUAUUUGUUUAAAUAUUUAUAUCUUUUUGAAAGUAGGGUAUGAGUUGAUAACCUGAGCCAAUUAACAUAUAUUUUUUUUUCUUUCUGAGAACUUCAAUCUUCCAGUUUCUGUUUUUGUGUGUGCUUUGAGUGAGAGAAAACAACUGCUUUUCAUACUGGAGUUUUUGGUAUUGUCAUUUAAAAUGCUUAGUUGUCAAAUUUUGAAGUUCCAUAAGAUUUUUUUUUUUAUUCCUCUUAUGAUUUAUUUUUGCUGAACAAUGCAGCUUCAUUAAAAACUGUAAAUUACUGAUUGGGGUUGAUUAAAUUCAGCUUAUACCUCAUUUCAAUCUACUGCUGCUUCUCUCCCUGUUAUCACUUCUUUUGAACACUUCACUACUUUUAGCUCUUCUACUUGAAAGUAGAGGGGAGUAAAGGUUCAAAUCCUUAUGUGAUUAGCUUUUUAAAACAACUCUGAGAACAGUAGUUUAGACAGUAGAAGCUAUUAAUUCAUAUAAAGCCUUUGAAUUCCUUGAGAAUUGUAUUUACCCAUGCUUCCUCUUAGUCAUAAUUAUCAGGAUUAAAAUGAUUGUACUGUACAAUGGGUUGUUGAAAUGGUGAGCCUUAGUAACCAUCUUUAGCUUUACUCUAGCUUUAGUAACCAUCUUUAGCUUUAUUGUAGUCCAGAAAUUUUGUUUUGACUUUCGCAUUUAUUUUUAUGGCCAUUUUCUGUUGGCAAAAUCUUAAGAAUUAAGUGAUUUGCUCCAGGUCGUGAAGAUCAGUGGGUAAGUCAGAAUUGAAACUCAGUUGCUCCUGAUUUGUAUUCUUGUGCUUGUUUGAUAAGAUUUGUGGCUUCCAAAAUCAAUGGCCCUUUAAAAGAAAAUAUGUGUUUUUACUAAUUAGACUUAUAUUUUUACACUUUCAUGAUUCUUUAAACCUAAAGAUUUUCUCAUGGUCAUAAAUCCCAAUACAGUUGUUAAAAAUUUCACUGCAGUGUUGAAUACUAACUAACAAUGCAGGUUUUAUCAGAUUUCUUUUUGCAUUUAAAUAACUUUCAUGAUUCACUCAUAACUUUUCUAUGUAAGUGCUUAAGUGACCCCCUCACUAGUGAAAAUAGAUGCUCUGUGUCACUGAUUAUAUGUGUAUUCUCUAAAUGAUAUAUUUUUUUUAAGGAAAAGUAACAAUCCUGUGUAUCAUGAUGAAUGAUAUCCUUAGGGAAAGCACGUAGAAAGCAAUUAUUUCUACUCUGCAAAUCUGGAAUUUACAGGAACAAAACUUUAGUUUAGAGUGACUAUUCAUUGUUUUAUCUUCUUUUGGCACUUGGGUAAGUUUUUGUGGUUUUGUAAAUCAUUAUGUCAUUUUGUAAGAAUUUCAUGUUGUUGUUCACCUUGUGUAUCCUCAGCUGAUCAUAAUAAUUUGGUUUGGGUAUGAUGUGUCUGCUUUGAAAUGCCUUACUAGAGUAUGUCAGACUCUGCUCUAAAUCAUUCCAUGUGUCUGCUAGUACAAUAAAUUGCCUCUCUUGGAUGUAUGCUCUAGAUCCAAAAGCAAAACUGAUGUUGCUUCCACUGUUAAGAUUUCAUUUUAGUGCAGUUAUUGUUUCUAAUUAGGGAAUAAAAUCAUGGAAAGCCAAGGGAGAUUUUAGAACCCUUCUUUUCAUGGCAUGGCAAACUUUUAAAACUGCUUUGCUAUUUCGCUAGAACCGCCUCUCUGGUGAAGAAGAUAGCUUAAAAAUGCCAGCUCAAACUGUCCUAAAUUGGGAGUUGUUUCCUAAAAUUUUCUCUAAAUGUUGCAUAGAGGUUUAAGAUCUGUGUAUGCUAUUGGAGCCAAGUACCAGUCACCACUUUGCAAAUCUGUGUUCUGGGGCUACAGAAAUGACAAAAGUGCCGUGGGAUUAAAAUCAAUCAACUGUGAAUUGUGAAAUUGAAAUUGCUUUUUGGUUUUAUUUUCUUCAGUGUAUUGAAUAUAGAAAUCUGAAAGUUAUUAAAAAUUUACACUGCUUAUGUUGAUGGCUCAUUUUGGCUGUAUAUUCUCACUUAUGUACUGAUUUCUGAGAAAGGCUUGAUGUUAUUAUAACAGGCAUUUUGUGUUCAAUUUAAUAAAACGGUUUCUGAGUCUUGUCUGCAAA